AUGAGUACAAAAAGAGCACAAAAACGGAGACAAAACGGAGCAAAAAACGGAGCACAAAUACGGAGUACAAAAUACGGAGCACAAAACAUGGAGCACAAAACACGGAGUAAAAAACACGAGCAUAAAACACGGAGUACAAAACAUGGAGCACAAAACACGGAGCACAAAACACGGAGCACAAACACGGAGCACAAAAUAUACAAAACACGGAGCACAAAACACGGAGCACAAAACACGGAGCACAAACACGGAGCACAAAACACGGAGUACAAAACACGGAGCACAAACACGGAGUACAAACACGGAGACAAAACACGGAGCACAAAAUACGAGCAAAUACGGAGUACAAAAUACGGAGCACAAAACACGGAGCACAAAACACGGAGCAUAAAACACGGAGCACAAAACACGGGAGCACAAAACACGGAGAACCAGGAGCACAAACACGGAGCACAAAACACGGAGCACAAAACACGAGCACAAAACACGGAGUACAAAAACACGGAGCACAAAACACGGAGCACAAAACACGGAGCACAAAACACGGAGCACAAAACACGGAGCACAAACAGGAGCACAAACACGGAGCACAAAACACGGAGCACAAAACACGGAGCACAAACACGGAGCACAAAAACACGGAGCACAAAACACGGAGCACAAAACACGGAGCCAAAACACGGAGCACAAACACGGAGCACAAAACACGGAGCACAAAACACGGAGCACAAAACACGGAGCACAAAACACGGAGCACAAAACACGGAGCACAAACACGGAGCACAAAACACGGAGCACAAACACGAGCACAAAACACGGAGCACAAAACACGGAGCACAAAACACGGAGCACAAAACACGGAGCACAAAACACGGAGUACAAACACGGAGCACAAAACACGGAGCACAAAACACGGAGCACAAAACACGGAGCACAAAACACGGAGCACAAACACGGAGCACAAAACACGAGCACAAACACGGAGCACAAAACACGGAGCACAAACACGGAGCACAAAACACGGAGCACAAAACACGGAGCACAAAACACGGAGCACAAAACACGGAGCACAAACACGGAGCACAAAACACGGAGCACAAAACACGGAGCACAAACACGGAGCACAAACACGGAGCACAAACACGGAGCACAAACACGGAGCACAAAAUACGGAGCAUAAAAACACGAGUACAAAACACGGAGCACAAACAUGAGCACAAAACACGGAGUACAAAAUACGGAGCACAAAAUACGGAGUACAAAACACGGAGCAUAAACACGGAGCAUAAAUACGGAGUACAAAAACACGGGAGCACAAAAACACGGAGCACAAACACGGAGCACAAAACACGGAGUACAAAACACGGAGCACAAAAACACGGAGCACAAAACACGGAGCACAAAACACGGAGCAUAAAACACGGAGCACAAAAACACGGAGCACAAAACACGGAGAAACAUGGAGCAUAA